UGAGUGAUGGUUAGAACACCGUUGUACAGGGUUGGCCAUGUGUAAUGAAAUCAAUACCUGCAAACACAGGUGUUACUUAUUCUGUCUUGCUGAUUUCCUAGUAACUGUUGUUUGAUUUCUUAGACAUGUCUAAUGUAAAUUUAUAUCCCAUAAAAUUGUUUCAGGCAUACUCUCUAAGUAAAAACUUUCGCUGAUUACAUUUAUGAAGUAUUAGAUGAUAGUUUCUGUUUUGUCCUGACUUUCCAAUGUGAGAAGUAUUCAAGUGGCUGAAUUAAACCGGUUUAACUCCAUCUAUCUCGUAAUUUACUCAUAACGAUGUGUAUUUUAGGUAAUUUACUGCAUCCGCUGAAAGUUAGGCAAUAGAUUACUUUUGAAACCCCGGAGAUGUCGCCAGUGCACAUAUCGGAUCUUCUGAUAUACACUUGCCAUGGUUGAAUGUAAAUUAACGAAUUUGUUGUAAACGCCAAUCUCUAUUCAGUUUUCCAGACAGUUAGUGUAUGUGAAGCCAAUUUUACUGCAAUAAAUCAGGGUGUGUUCGUUGUGUUUGUUUUACUGAAACAGUCACUAUAAUUUUUUCGGUUCCAUAAAUCUGCACACUGAAGUGAUGGAAGUCUUUCUCACUCCCUAGAUUUGAUUUCGUUUAGCAUUAGUCCGAAGACUUUUUCAAGACUUUCUUUCUUGUAACCAUUUUGGAGCCGUGACUCUUUAUUACAUGUCACCUUGUUCACAUCAAAGAGUCACAUGGUUUUACUUCUACAGUGUCCGGUUUGAACCAUAGACUUUUCUUAAUGGUCGAUGUAUGAAUGGCAUCAUAUUGCUUAACAGAGCCAUAUCGGACUAAGUUCGUGGCUGUUAUCUUAGAUGGCGGAUUUAUAUGCUUUAUGUGUUGUUACGCCGAGCAAUACCUGUGAUCAUAAAUAACUUCAUUCGCUAACGUAAACCUAUGGUACUUCGAAUGGAAAUGAUAAGUACAGAUAACUGUGUGCCAAUUUUGAAUACUACAUUCUACUAAGCGUGCAAAUGUUGGAUGUAUUUGAACAACUUCGUUGGUAAACUCGUGCUUAGUUGUGUGGUCAGUUCGAUUAUCUUACAUGUGAAUCCCAUUGAUGUUCCAUUUUUCUGUUUCCUGUCUAUCUGUUGAUCGCAUCCGAUCGCUAUAAUGGUGUAUAAAUGCUUGAAACACACAGACUAAACGUACCCGGGACAGUUUGAAUUCACUUAAAUUCAAAUAGUCUGGUUCGAUAUCGGAUUAAUUUCACUGAAAUAAAUUUGGUGGACAUUCUAUUUCCAGUGAUAUUUUUAUUAUGUUACGGUAGCUAGUGAUUCCGACUCAACGGCGGAGAAGUUUAGUUCAGAUAUUUUUCCAAUAAUACUAUAACUUCAUUCCAUUUGUAUCUAGCAGUUGACAUUACGCGGCAAAUAAGUCUCCAAAAUAGUUUUGUAAACCUUCAACGUUGAUGCUGAUCUCAAUGGUUUUACUGGACACACAUUAGCUGAAGGCACUCUGCCAUACAUCUGCACCAGAUCAUAUAUGGCUACGCCAUGCUACUCCUGGCCAGCUUAGACCGAGGGCUUCUCGACAUACAGAUAGCUUUUCAAAUAUGUCUUCGAACCCUCCAUUUCUGACUUCUGAUUUGACUGGGUUGGUAUCCUUCGACUGUAAAGGUGUUGCUUCCUGUUUUAUAAAUAUACCAAUUGAUUCUAAUUCUUAUAUGAAACCCUGGAAAUCGGUGUUAAAUCCUUCAUAUUAUUUAGCAAACCUAGUUUGGUUAUGUGAAUAGCUAUCCACUUAUCUGCAGAAUCUGAACUCUAUAUACCCAUCAAUUUUGCCUAGAUUUUCUCAACAGAGAUGAUGUGCUGAUAUGAUAAACAGUACAAGGUGUCAGAAAUAUGCUCAUGAGGUCAAGACAGAAGCGCGAAAUGUGUAAAUCUCGAUAACCCUUAAUGGUAUUGGACAUUUAGAGCCCUAUAUAUUGAAUUCAAGGUUUCAUUAGAGAGCGCGUAUUGGUUCUGCAUCUCAGCAAGUAUGCAAGAUUUACCGGUGACGACAUGUCGUUGAAGUUUACUACAGCAAUUGAGAUCACAGAUCAAGUUACGGAGUAACAACAUAGUCGACGUGUACACUACAAAACAGAGAACGCUAAAUUAUUGCUUUUGGCAGUUAUUUAGUGCUUUUUAAUGCGGCAAAAGAUUACUGAAAUAUGGAAAAACUUGAUACUCGUACAACCCAACAAAUCUACGGCAAUUGAAAUACGGAAUGACCGCCUUUAAUCCGGCUGUUCAAGGUCGUCGGAACGAAACGGCGGCCGGGUCUGAUGAAGUCUACCGUUUUUUCUGUGCCAAGAAUUUUAAUGAGACAUUGGUCACCCCUCUCCGUAGACAAAGUCAUAUGUGGUGGAACCUCUGAUAAUUUCGUUGUGCUUUCACGAGUUCCUUACAACUUGUAUCCUUUUAGGGAUACUAUUAUAAUAGUGCACAGAUGAGUCUAGCUGAAAGUUCUUUUUAACAUACAUCAGCUUAGUAUAGCAAGGAUGUAAAUAAAAUUGAGUGAGUGGAAGACACUACAGGAUUGAUAGCUAAAGAAGACCGAAGCCGGAAGUUACCACUUGAAUUCAACCAUUAAUGGUUGUGAGAACGCCAAUAAGUUUAAGUACGUCAAUACGAGAUAGUAUUUGAAGUUUAUGAACAAUUUGCACUGAAUGGAGACGACUCUCAGUUCCGUCCGGGUUAGUUCACACGCUGGAAGCUGGUAUACUGCAGACAGAACAGAGUUGUCAUCACAGUUAAACACUUGGUUGGAAAGUUGCGAAAAGAACGUCCCAAAUGCAAAUUCAGUCAGGGCAAUUAUAGUACCUCAUGCAGGUUACCGACAUUCUGGUUUAUGUGCGGCCCACGCAUACCGUCUAAUAAAUCCUGACGAAAUAGAAUGCAUUUUUAUCAUAGGUCCCUCACAUCGUUUAGAUAUUGGGAAUACAUGUGCUCUGACUUCUGUAUCUGAGUAUGAAACUCCGUUUUAUAACUUAAAGAUUAAUACCAAUGUGUACAACAGCCUUAAAAAGUUCAACUGCUUCAGCGUUCUCGAAAAGAGUCAGGACGAAGCUGAACAUUCUGUAGAAAUGCAGUUACCGUAUAUUGCUCACAUCAUGAAACGGAAAGAGCAGUACUCCAUAGUCCCCAUAGUUGUCGGUUGCUUAUCAUUCGAAAAACAAGAAUUCUUCGGGAACCUCCUAUCGAGCUACAUGCUAGAUGAGAAGAAUCUCUUUGUGAUAUCUUCUGAUUUCUGUCAUUGGGGGAAACGAUUUCGAUAUCAGUAUUACAAUAAAUCCGAUGGUGCGAUAUGGCAGUCUAUUGAGAAACUCGAUCACCUUGGUUUGAAUGCGAUUCGAAGCCUGAAACCGAAAUCAUUCAUAAAAUAUCUUGAAGAGUACAGGAACACUAUAUGUGGCAGGAGAAGUAUAGGCGUGUUCUUAUUUAUGAUUGACUGUAUUCGACAGAAGCAACCGUUUAACCUGGAACUUAAAAUCCUAAACUAUACACAAUCCAACCGCUGCCAGUCAAUGGAAGAUUCAUCAGUGAGUUACACUGCAUGUGCUCUAGUCAGUCGUGAGUAAAUAUAUAAAAGGAUCCGUAAGAAAAAGUUUGUUAUAUAUUGAAG